GACCACAACUAGAUGGCGCUGCUGGAUACAAGAUGUCAGCUCCCAUAGUGUGUUGUUAGAAAGCAAGCUCUACCGAAUAUUUAGUAAAGUGACGUCAGGGAAACAGCGUACAAGAUGGUGAGGAAGAAGAUUGAUAACAGAAUCCGCGUGAUGAUAGAGAAUGGCGUGGCGCUGGGUCAUCGCAGUCUCUUCGUCAUCGUCGGUAACAAGGCAAGAGAUCAGGUCGUUCUGCUGCAUCACAUGCUCUCCAAAGCGCAAGUUCGAUCGAGGCCAUCAGUUCUCUGGUGCUACAAAAGCGAGCUUGGAUUCAGCAGUCACCGCAAGAAGCGGAUGAGACAGAUACAGAAGCGGAUGAAGCGAGGCGGCGGGGACGUGAACGAGGAUGAUCCGUUUGAGCUGUUCGUCGCGGCGACGACCAUUCGCUACUGCUACUACGCUGAGACGCACAAGAUCCUCGGCAACACGUACGGCAUGUGCGUGCUGCAGGAUUUCGAGGCUCUAACCCCAAACCUGUUGGCAAGAACGGUAGAGACAGUGGAAGGUGGGGGCAUCGUCACCAUUCUACUGCGGUCCAUGGAUUCCCUACGACAGCUGUACACCAUGACAAUGGACGUGCACUCGCGCUACCGCACGGAGGCGCAUUGCGAUGUCGUCGGCCGCUUCAACGAGCGAUUCAUCCUGUCGCUGGCGUCGUGUCGCACGUGCGUUGUCAUGGACGACCAGCUCAACGUGUUGCCGAUGUCCUCACACGUGCUCAACGUAGAAGCCGUGCCCGCCCGCAGCAAGGUCGGAUGCACUCGCACGCUCGACCAGGCGAAGGCGCUGCUCAAGUUUGUCGAAGCCAUAUCGGAGAAGACGCUCAGAAGCACGGUCGUGAUGACCGCCGCCAGGGGGCGUGGCAAGUCGGCGGCGUUGGGCCUCGCCAUGGCGUCUGCCGUCGCGUUCGGGUAUUCGAACAUCUUUGUGACGUCGCCAAGCCCCGAAAAUCUGAAGACGUUAUUCGAGUUUGUUUUCAAGGGCUUUGAUGCCCUAGAGUACCAGGAACAUUUGGACUACGACGUCGUACAGUCGACGAAUCCGGAGUUUAACAAGGCCAUUGUUCGCGUGAACAUUUACCGGGAGCACAGACAAACAAUACAGUACAUACAUCCUGCGGAUGCUCACCGACUGGGACAGGCGGAGCUGGUGUGUAUAGAUGAGGCUGCUGCUAUCCCCCUGCCCAUGGUCAAGGCACUGCUCGGACCUUACCUUGUCUUCAUGUCCUCAACCAUCAACGGGUACGAGGGGACUGGUCGCUCGCUGUCUCUCAAGCUCGUUCAGCAGCUGAGGGAGCAGACGGCAGUUCUCAGCUCCGUGAGCGCCGCGGCCGCGAAGACGCAGACGAUCGAGAGCACCGUUUCCAUGACGACGGGUAAGGAGACGUCGUACCGGAAUCGGGUUUCUCUGCAGUUUAAUGCUCACACGUACUACGUUAGCCGCGACACGCUGUUCAGUUACCACAGCGCCUCCGAGGCCUUCCUCCAGCGACUCAUGUCUAUAUACGUUUCGUCCCACUACAAGAACACUCCCAACGAUCUACAGAUGCUGUCGGACGCGCCGGCCCACCACUUGUUUUGCAUGCUGGGACCUGUCGACUCCACGCAGAACAGCCUUCCCGAAGUCCUCUGCGUGCUGCAGGUUAGCCUUGAAGGCGAAAUCUUGAAGGCGUCAGUGAUUGAGAACUCGGCGAGAGGCAAGAGAGCUGCUGGGGAUCUCAUACCCUGGACCAUCAGCCAACAGUUUCAAGAUCCUGAGUUUCCGGGUUUGGCCGGAGGCAGGGUUGUCCGCAUAGCAACGCACCCCGACUACCAGGGAAUGGGCUACGGCAGCCGUGCCCUCCAGCUGCUGCAGAAAUACUACGAGGGAAAAUUUCCCAGUCUUGACGAUCCCCCGAAAGAGACGGCUGACACGGUCGGUUCCGAGGUUUCCAACCUGCUGGAAGAGAAGCUGGGACCGCGCAAGAACCUUCCUCCACUGCUGCUGAAACUGAGCGAGCGUCCGGCCGAGAGACUGGACUACCUGGGCGUUAGCUACGGCUUAACGAGUAGUUUACUCAGAGCUUUCUCUUUAACCUAUCAAAAACACAACAUUGAAUUGCUUGGAAUAGAACUACAUUCGUUUUUUAACGUAUUGUAUCCGUCAUUUGUAGAUUUUCAGAGACGGUUUCUCUCCUUGCUUGCAUACCAGUUCAGCAAGUUUACGCCGUCCCUGGCAUUGAACAUACUACCGCAGCGACAGAAAAACACUUCGCAAGAGUUGAGGCGGGCGGACGUGGAGCGCGACUUUGGCGACUACGACCUUCGGCGGCUGGAGACAUACGCGCGCAACAUGGCCGACCACCACGUGAUUACCGACCUGCUUCCGGCCGUCGCGCGCCUGUACUUCCUCGGCCGCCUCGACGUGUCGCUAAGCAUUGUGCAGCAGCACAAGUUCAUUUCUCUGAGCCGCUAG